GUCACACAGAAUGAAGACGAUUUCUUAAAUGAAUAUAGUUCGUUUAUUUAUUUUCCUUAUUGACAUGAACGAUAGUUGUUCAAUCAUGAUUAUAAAAUCAUAAUGAAAGGCGGAAUAAUUUUAGCACUGGAAUAUGCACGACACGCAGUCUGAGGAAUCGCUGUUGAUCAUUUAGAGCUAAGUUCCGUUACAGUGGUACGCAGUAUUUCAUUAGUGACUGCAUUUAUUAUUUGUCCAAGCACAGUAUCAACAAAAUACCUACAUUUUGCAUUUUAUGGAGUGUCCGCACCUAGAAGAAGCCGUGCAAAUAUUAGCGCCACCUACAAUUGCAGACACAAAAACACAUUUUGUUUGUGCAGUAUGUAACACAGAAAAGAAUCCAUGGAUUUGCACAAAUUGUGGAAAAAUACACUGUGGGCGGUAUGUUAAUGGUCAUGGAAAGUUACACAAUGAAGAGAAUCCCAACCAUUCAGUAUGUAUGGACUGUGAAUCCUUUGCUGUAUUCUGUUAUGCCUGUGAUGAAUUUGUAAUUAAUGAUACAGAACAGGGCCACUUAGACAAGUUGCGGAGACAUGUGGUUCAGCUGUUAAUGAGAGUUGACACAUGUUCAAAGCAUGAACAUUGUGACGAAAAUUCAGAAAAUAAAAGUUCACAGAAUCGCACACAGUUAACAUUACGACCAAAAGUUAGAAGAAAUUCAACAGAAUCGCAAGAAAAUGUCCCAAUCAGUAAGCGAAGAAAUUCAACUGAGACGCAAGAAAAUGAUCCAAAAAGAAAAAGAUUAAAAAAGGAAGAUAGAAUAUCUCGACCCAGAUCAUCUGGUCUACGUAACCUUGGAAACACAUGUUUCAUGAAUGCAGUAUUACAGUCACUAAGUAACAUACAGCAGUUCUGUGGGUAUAUCAAGCAGCUGCCAUCAUUAGAGGAAAAGUCAACCAAAAGGAAACACAUAACAAGAAAAGCCUCAAAAACAGAAGAGGAUAUAUUGUUGAUAGAGGAAGUGAGAAAAACAUUGAUAGCAUUAUGGCAGGGAACAAAAGGAGCCAUUUCACCUGAAUCUCUUUUCUGUGUUAUUUGGAAAGUAGUUCCUAGGUUUAGAGGUUAUCAACAACAAGAUGCCCAUGAAUUCAUGAGAUAUUUAUUGGAUAGACUUCACACAGAACUUCUUUCAUUGUUACCAUAUCCAAAUAAUAAUAGUCCGUUUAUAGGUCCGAAAGGAAAAAGUACAAUUGUAACUGCCAUUUUUGGUGGAUUACUUCAGAAUGAAGUCACAUGUUUGGAAUGCCGAAUGGAAUCCAAGAAACAUGACCCAUUUCUAGAUCUUUCACUUGAUAUUCCACCUCAGUUUAGUACCAGAUCAUCAAAAAAUAAAGAAGGUGAUCCAGUAUGUCGUCUAGAAGAUUGUCUUUCAAGUUUCACAGAGUUAGAAGAAUUAGAAGCUUCUGAACUGUAUAUGUGUAGUAAUUGUAAAAAGAAACAACGUUCCACGAAGAAAUUCUGGAUUCGCAGGUUGCCAAAUGUAUUGUGUCUCCAUAUCAAAAGAUUCCGAUGGCAGUCCUAUUUCAGGGUGAAACUGGAUACGUUUGUGGAGUUCCCGCUGAAAGAUUUAAACAUGAACAAAUAUGUAUUAAACAAUCUACAUGAGACAAGAGGAAGUGGUAAGGGAGCAGCCAAUGAAUAUGAUUUAGCAGCAGCAAUUGUUCAUCAUGGUUCUGGGGCUGGAUCUGGUCACUAUACAGCAUAUGCACAGCAUGAUGGUCAGUGGUUUAAUUUCAAUGACAGUACAGUAACAAUGUGUGAAGAACAGACAGUAGCUCGAUGUAAAGCUUACAUCCUGUUUUAUAUACGACGAGAGUUUAAAAUUCCUGAUUACUUCAAUGGAACCUCACACAGAUGAAAUUGGUGACCUUGUUGUAAAACGUGUAUGAUUAAGUAAAAAGUCCAAGGUGUUGGGUUGUGUUCUCCAGGAGAAAUGUCAUUGUCAUUGAUUGUAAGAGAGAGAAAAAGAUAAUGGAGUCAACACUAAAAUUGCAGUGAAUAAACAUUACUUGAAUGAAUUUGUCAUACACAUGUCAUGACAGAAUUGAUUAACCUUCAUUGUAAACAAAUUUAUUGUAAUGUGGAUACAAAUAAUUUAUGAAUAAAAACAAAAAAAAUACUAGUCGUGCAAUCUUCUACCAUAUUUGUAAUCAAUGACUGAUUAAUUCUUUUCGUCUUUUCAAUGGGCAUUUUAAAAGAUUCACCCUUUUUGGUUUCUUUGUUAGACUGACAUUAAGGAAAUGUAGAGUCUAUGCCAUAAAUUAAAUUUCAACUAUCUGUAAUUUGACGGGAUGUCUUGUAAUUAUGGUUUAUAAUAUUUAAUUAAUUUAUUGCAAGCUUGCAAGUGCUUUUCACUGUCUUUAAGUAGAGGCAUGUAGUAUCAAAUGAGUUUUUACAUGAUAAAAGCUUCAAGUAUUCUCUGUUCAAAUAUUUAGUUUAAUAAGUAACUUGUGUAAAUAUGAUUGAUUCAGAAGAUCCUGCAAGUCAUUAUAAUAGAUGAAUACCGGUGUACAAUUAAACUUCUGCAAUAUUUUUAUAAUUUUCAAAAUUUAUCCUGCCACAAAGUGAAAGUUAUGACGAUAUCUUUCAAUAAUUGAAUGAUAAAACCACCAUUUUGAUACUGUGAGAUGUGCAUAAAACAUAAAGUGGUUUAAAUAUUUAUGUGUUGUUAAAAGAAAAAAAACAU